AUGGGGAAUCUGUUCGUGAAGAAACCAAAAAUCACGGAUGUUGAUCGAGCGAUUCUAUCUCUCAAAACCCAAAGGCGCAAGCUUGGUCAAUAUCAGCAACAGCUUGAGAAAGUGAUUGAAGCCGAGAAGCAAGCUGCGAGAGACUUAAUCCGUGAGAAGCGAAAAGACAGGGCUUUGUUAGCAUUGAAGAAGAAGCGGACGCAAGAAGAUUUAUUGAAGCAAGUUGAUCAGUGGGUCAUCAAUGUCGAACAACAAUUGGCAGAUAUCGAACUUACAAGCAAGCAGAAGGCAGUGUUUGAGAGCUUAAAGCAAGGGAAUAGUGCAAUAAAGGCGAUCCAGAGCGAGGUCAAUCUUGAUGAUGUUCAAAAACUUAUGGAUGACACUGCCGAGGCCAAGGCUUAUCAGGAUGAGCUGAGUGCAAUAUUGGGUGAGAAACUAUCAGCAGAAGAUGAAGAAGAGAUCUUAGCAGAAUUCGACGACCUGGAAAACCAGCUCAUUGUUGAGGAUAUGCCUGGAGUGCCUACAACAGAGGUCGUGCCUGAAGAAGACGAGAAAUUGGAUCUCCCUGAUGUCCCCACAAAAGCGCCCGUAGCUACUUCCAAUGCAGAAAUAGGUCAACCAAAGAGAAAAGUUCUUGAAGAACCUUUGGAAGCUUGA